AACGAAAAACCCUAAAAAUCAAUCGCCAUGCUUUCUUCCCCCGCGGCAAAGAAGCCUGACGAGCAGCCGGCGCCACCGGCGAGCAAGUACGAUCUCCCUCUCGGCACGCAAUUCGAGUACAUUCCCACCAAGAAGAUCGAGCUCAACAGGAUUCGAGCGAAAUACGGCGCCGCGGAGCUCCAGAGGAUGCUCGACUCGGUGGAAGCCAAGCCGCCGCCGCCGCGAAUCGCCGAGUUCCUGGCAAUCAAGGGCUUCCUGGACGUGGAUUUAGCAGACCCGGAUCUAGCGCCCCUGUUCGAGUAGCACCAAGAACCCUAAAUCGCAGAGUACUUUACCUAACAAAAGUAUUUACCUUUAUUAAGAGUCUUAGGGCUUCCUAAUUC